AUGGACACGCUCAAAGCAGUUGCCGUGGGAGCCGCUGUGGGAGUAGGAGUGGCACUCGCUGGCAUCCCGGUGGGCAUCUGGGCGCUGGGGUUUACGGGAAAUGGCAUCGCCGCCGGGUCCGUGGCUGCCAAGAUGAUGUCAGCGGCUGCCAUCGCCAACAACGGAGGAGUGGCUGCCGGCAGCACGGUGUCGGUGCUGCAGUCCGUCGGAGCUGCAGGUUUCUCUCUCGGUUCCAAAAUUGGGCUGAUGACCACCCUGGGGCCGCUCGGUGCUGCAGUUGGUGCCAAGCUGUUCAAGGGGUCGACAACUCCAGGUGACAACCGCAAGUGA